GUACUGCCUCUCGGGGGAGUGACUUCCGGCAUGAAGGCCGGAGGGAACGGAGGUAGGCUUUGGGCUGCAGUGUCUUGCGUUUGCUGGAGAUGCGGUGACACAUUUUGAGACUUCGUGGUUUACUUUCGCCGGCUUUCCACUCUGAGGCCCAUGUGUCACUCAGUAUGAAUAAGCAGACCAGCAAAGAGUCUCUGAAGGAUAAGUUUAGGGGCUUUCUAGGGUUCGGACAACGAAUCAAUUCAAGACAGCCAGAAAGUAAACCAUCUGAGUAUAUCAUCACUUUGGACAUUAUAAAGGAAUUAACUGCAGAGAAUGGAAUGCAUAACAGAAUCCGGGUUAUUAACCACGUAUGUGAACUGGCAAAGACUAAGAAGUUUGAAGAGCAUGCAGUGGAAGCCGUAUGGAAGAGCAUAGAAGAUAUGCUGCAGCCAGACCAGCCUGUGGAGGCAAGACAUGCAGUUCUACAGCUGCUGAAAGCAAUCAUUCAGGGCCAGGGGGAAAGACUUGGACCUCUUAGAGCUUAUUUUUUUAAAGUUGUCAAGGAUUAUCCCUCCAAUGAAGAUCUUCACGAGAGACUAGAGGCCUUCAAAGCUCUUACUGAAAAUGGCAAAGAUAUCACAUAUUUGGAGGAAGAAAUUGCUCCUUUUGUGCUGAUGUGGAUGGAUGUAGGCCUUUCUGCAGAUUUCCUGCAAGUUCUUCUCAAUCUGGUGAAAUUUAACAGCUGCUAUUUGGACCAGAAUGUUGCUGAGAUUGUUCAGAAGAUUUGUCUCUUGUGCAACCGGACUACAUCAUCCACAGAUAUUGAGGUUUCUCUUCAAGUCCUGGAUGCUGUAGUCUGCUACAACUGUCUACCCUCUGAAUCUCUUUGUGUCUUCAUUAUAACUUUGUGCCGUACAGUAAAUGUGAAAGAGUUCUGCGAGUCAUGCUGGAAGCUUAUGCGGAAGGUUCUGGGAACACAUUUAGGACACAGCGCCAUCUACACGAUGUGUCGUAUUAUGGAAGACCGAGCAUACAUGGAUGACGCAGCUUUACUCAGGGGCGCAGUGUUCUUUGUUGGAAUGGCACUUUGGGGAGCAUAUAGGCUAAUAACUCUCAAGAACACCCCCACGUCAGUCUUACCGUCUUUCUAUAAGGCCAUGACUUGUGCAAAUGCUGUGGUGUCCUAUGAAAUUGUGCUUUCUGUCACAAGGCUGAUAAAGAAAUAUGGCAAAGAGCUGCAAGUAGUCACGUGGGACAUCCUUCUAAAUAUAAUUGAAAGAUUGCUUCAGCAAAUACAGAAGAUAGGUACCAUAGAGCUGAAGUCAAUAGUCCAUGAGUUGCUUACAGCAGUUGAGGAACUCUGUGAAAAUAAUGAGUUCCAUGGGCCUCAGGAAAGGUUCUUUGGGCUUAUUGAAAAAUACUCGGAUAAAAGGCCGGAGUCCUCUGUCUUAAUGCUCUUGUCAUACCGAGCCCAUGCCAUUCACCCAGCAAAAGACGACUGGAUACAGAACUUGCACAGGCUGAUGGAGAAAUUUUUCAGGACUGAGACCAGGAGUGCCAUUCGGGUUAAAGUUCUUCAUAUCUUGUCCUUUGUGUUGAGCAUAAACCGGCAGUUCUAUGAGGAGGAGCUCAUCGAGUCUGUGGUGAUUCCUCAUCUUGGGCAGAUUGCUGAGGACAAGGAUCUUCAAGUUCGGAAACUGGCGACUCAGCUGUUGGUUGACCUUGCAGAAGGCUGCACUACACAUCACUUUAAUAGUCUGCUUGACAUCAUUGAGAAGGUGGUGAGUCGCACCCUGUCUUGUCCUUCUGCUGUUGAGGCAUUAGAGAGAGACAGCUGCAUUGAUUAUCCUUUAGAAGACUUAAAGACGGCCAUACUUGGACUGCUGGAGAUUUUGCAGACAAAAAUAUAUUGCAUUCCAGCAAGCCAUGCCAGUCGAGUUUAUGACCUGAUUAUUGCUCACAUUCAUCUCCACUACAAAAACAAGUUCUAUUCCAGUGUGGCAGGCAGCAUUCGACGACAGGUGUUUGAUUUCCUUCUCCUUCUGCGGGUUGAUGCCCUUCACCGUCUGGGAGUUCCCAACAAAGAUGGAACCGUGAGAUUCAGCCCCUAUUGUGUGUGUGAUCUUGGCGAUCAGGAGAAGCGAGCGGUAGAGAAGAAAGCAGCAGGAACAGUGUCGCCCCCUACAGCCAGUCCUGCCGUCACAACUCAGACUUCAACCAUUCGCAUGGGCUACCUGCCUUUUUCACUGGCUUUCGAUGUGCUCCUCAAGUGCUUGAAGAUGGAGACUGAUUGGAGAGUGUUGAAACUGGUCUUGGAUAAGUUGCCAGAGACGUUACAGAAUAAAGUUCUCAUCCUGACUUCGUCUUGCAGUACUGACCAGCUGUGCACAAGACUCUGCUCUAUGGUCACUGAUAGGCAGAUAACAGACAAAAUAAAGAAAGUCCCUGAUGGCUUUUCUCGUACAGAUGUCCAACUGGCAGUGGUCCCUGUGCUUACAGCCCUGACUUCCUACCACAGCUACCUUGAACAAGCCAGACAGAGAGAGCUUGUGCAGUGCCUGGAGACUGGUCUGAUCUGCCGCUGUGCCAAGCAGUGUGUGGUGGCCUUGACCAUGUGUAUUGUGGAGAUGCCCGAUAUUAUGAUCAAGCUGCUUCCUGCACUAAUCGUAAAGCUGACGCACAUUUCUGCCACUGUUACUAUGGCUUCUCCAAUGCUUGAGUUUUUGUCAACUUUAGUUCGACUCCCUCAUCUUUAUGCCAACUUUGUUGCUGAGCAGUACGUCAGUGUGUUUGCCAUCUCCUUGCCUUAUACCAACCCUUCCAAGUUUAAUCAGUAUAUAGUGUCUUUGGCCCAUCAUGUGAUUGCCAUGUGGUUCAUCAGAUGUCGUCUGAACUUUAGAAAGGAUUUUGUCCAGUACAUUACAAAGGGUUUAAGAUCCAAUGCUCUACUUCCUUUUGAUGACUCCCAUGAGCAAAGCAGCUUUCGGGCUCGAAGCACAAGCUUGAAUGAAAGGCCAAAAAGCCUGCGGAAUUCAAAAGUUGCAAAGCCAUCCAUGAAUAACACCUCCCCAGUUAAAGAGCUGAAAGAUCUCUCUGCGAUUGACGCCUUCCGCUCCCGCAGCAUCAGCGUUUCUGAGCACGCAGUGCGCAGGAUGCAAACUUCAGUCACUACUACAAGUCUGGGUUCUGCAGAUGAGAGUUCCAUGUCUCAGGCCGAUGACAUCCUCAAAACGGUCCACCUUGAACUGACCGAGACCUGUCUUGACAUGAUGGCACGAUACGUUUUCUCAAAUUUCUCUGCUCUUCCCAAGAGAUCACAUGUGGCAGAAUUCCUUUUGGCUGGUGGAAGAAGUAAGACCUGGUUGGUGGGGAAUAAACUAGUAACCAUCACAACCAGUAGUGGGUUUGGAACUCAGUCUCUGCUGGGUGUCGAUUUCCCAGUGCGGCAAAGUGCUGGUGAAAUGACGAGGUCUGAUCCGUCUCUGCACAUGAGGCAAACAAAAGAAGCUCCUGCAAAACUUGAGUCACAAGCUGGGCAGCAGAUUAACCGAUCUACUCGGAUCCGUGUCCGGUCCAUUUCAGGUGGGCAUGCACUCCGGGCAGGAACUGCUCAUAGUCUGAGUCCACUUGUGUCCCCAUCAGAAGGUGAAUUAUGUAGUCCUGUGACUCAGUCUGGGAAUUUUAAGUCGGAAAGUCUGGCUACACAGUUGUCGUCUCAGAAGGAGAAGCCUAGCCUAGCAGAGUAUGUGCCAUUGCUUACACAAGGUUGGGCAGAGAUCUUCAUUCGCCGUCCGUCAGGAAACACAAGCUGGAUGAUGCACUUGGAAAACCCACCCAGUCCUUUCUCAUCGGACAUUGGUAGCAUGCCUCUUCAGGAGCUUUCUAAUGUCCUGAUGGCUAUGGAAAGAGUAAAAGAACCUGUUCCAGCAGAACUCCUAAAGUCCAGUUCUACCUUCAAGGGCCAGACGUAUGGGAUGCAGAAGCCAUGUCUCCUCCAGCGAUCUAAUACAGUGUCGUCUUUCUCUUCUGUCUACCAGCCCAGCUGUCAGGGGAAGUUGCACAGGAGUAUUUCCUGGGCAGAUUCGGCGGUCGUUGUGGAGGAGGGAGACGGACCUGGCCCCGGCCCCGGCCCCGGCCCCCAGCCUAAAGAGAAGCAGUCAGGAUUAGGCUCGCAGGACAUUGAAGAAUUUGAAGCCGUCACUUCUGAGCCUAUUUCCAUGAGUACAGAAGACUCCGUGAAACCACAUGAAGCCUACAGUCGUUCAUCUUCUAGUUCCAGCCAAGAGGAAGAUAAAAGCAACUCUCUUGACGAUGGUGACGGUGUGAUACGUGGAGAGAAAGGUCAGCAGCAAACUGCUGAAACUCCAUUAAAUGAAGAUGACUGCUCUCUCCAGCAUUCUCAAACUCUGAACAAAUCGAGCUCGUCUCCAGAGCUUCAGACCCUACAGGAGACAUUCAACAAAACUCCCAUCAAAGAAGAAACGUGCACAACAGUUGUGAGGUGUGAAAACAAGGUGCGGCCUGAAGGCGAGUUCACUGCUAGUAACCUCACCCUACAGUUGGACAAUGGGGAAAGCACUGCUGUCAAGAACAGACUGGAGUUUCCAUCUCCCCAGCCAGCACCCCUGUCUCCUAGUGGUCACCGACCCCGCGGUCAUACCAUCUCAGAGUCCGCGCCAUCCCGGCGGGAGAGGAAGACUGAACGUGACUCGUACCAUAACAGAAGUGGAGCCCCUAACUUGGAAAUGACCACUGGGAUUAGUCCAAGGUAUUAAAAGUGUACUAUUGAGGAUUUUUUGUUCAUUUAGC